AUGGGAGUGAUAGAUCUACUCUUCAUCACUAUCAGUCACAGCGUCUCCUUUAUGGGUAAAACCUGGUGGAUGCUGAUGCUGGUUUUACGUCUGCUCGUCCUCCUGCUGGCCGGAUUCACCCUCUUCAGUGACGAGCAGGAAAGAUUCAUCUGCAACACCAUCCAGCCGGGCUGCUCGAACGUGUGCUUCGAUGCGUUCGCUCCCGUGUCCGUCUUCCGCCUCUGGCUCUUCCACCUUGUUCUGCUCUGUCUUCCCCACGCGCUCUUUGCAACUUACGUCACGCACAAAGUUUUGUCGUGUUCCCACAGUGGAGGCUUCUACUACGACAGGAGCCGGGGUGGCUCACCUUUCAGCCUUGAGAACUCGAGCUCCUCAAGAGAACCGUCCUUCCACAGAGCUCCACUUCACGACCUCCAGCGUGAACAGGGGGCGCCACGCUUCUACUGCGCGUACUUCCUGGUUAUUAUUCUGCGGAUCCUCCUAGAAGUGGUUUUCGGUGCAGGCCAGUUUUUUCUCUUUGGAUUGUCCAUUCCUAAGAGCUUCCUGUGCUACGAGGCUCCCUGCACAUCUGGGGUCGAAUGCUACAUCUCCAGGCGAACCGAGAAGACGCUAAUGCUCAACUUCAUGCUGGGUGUUGCCUCCUUGUCCGUUCUGCUAAGUUUGGUCGACCUGGUGAGCUCCGCGAAGGCGAUGGUGAGAUGGAGGAGGAAAAGGGAGAUGUUCAUGGAGGAGAUGAGCAAAGGAGAGCAAAGCAGUAUGUUUACGACGACGACGACUGAAGACAGCGAUGCUCUUCUGAGCAGAAGCCUGAGUGGCAGCUCAAAGAUUGGUCUCAAAGACGAAAAACACGCUGCUGCUGCGGUGCCAAAUGGUGAACCUCCUCAUGCAAAGACGAAUGCUGGGACCGUAAUAAAAACUGGUGACGACAAGAGGCCUGAAAGCAAAGAUGCCAAAGUGGACACGUCUCAGUCGCCCACUCCCAUGAACACUCCAGUACCAACUCACUUUGUCCUCCACAGCCACCUGAGACCUCCCCUGUCCCCUCGCCCUGACAGGGGACCACAACCAAACCCCAGAGCGCCAACACCUAUGGGUGCCAAAAAGCUGGGCCAGUACACUCCAGCUGGGGCAAACUCAGGCCAGCAGUCUGACAGCAGUGAAUCUCAAGACAAGAGGGCAUGGGUGUGA